GCUUCCAUCUUUUCGCUGGCGGCGCCGCGGGCGGAGCGCGCUAUCUCUGACCUCACGUUCUCACCCCCGUAGCACCUAAAAUUUUCUGCAAGCUGCCAAAAAAUACCGCCAUGUUGGGAGGGUCCAGUCGCCAGCCUGCAAAUCUCUCUCUUCGUUUGCUGCGUCACACACCUCCAGCAUCGAUUCCCACCCCCAAUUCUAGUCCACCAACAUCCUUAUCGUCUCCGAAUUUCCUUCCUCCUCCGAUUUCCUUCGUUUUUCUUUCCUUUUCCCUUCCCUCAACCAAGUGUCGCAUCCUCUCGCCUCGCCAUCAAGAACCAUAUUUGGUCACCGGGGACCUUCCUCUCCAUCACCAAUUGAAGCAAUGGCUUCGUCCGUCAGAGCCAUGAGCUCCCUUCGCGCAGCUCAGCAGCUGGUCCCGAGAGCUCCGCGCGCUGCCAAUGCCGGUCGCAGAACCCUCACCACCACUUCCAGACAGUCCGUCAGAACCCUCACCGCGAGGCCGAGAGUCGCCGCUCUUCCCCAGGUCGGAACCGUUGCGCGCCAGCUUACCAGAAACUACGCCGAUGUCGCUCCCAAGAAAGCUGGCAAGGUCCGCAAGACCUUCAGAUGGGCCUGGCGCUUGACCUACCUCUCUGCCCUGGGUCUCUUCGGCUACAUUGGAUAUGUUGUCUACGAUGACAGGCACCCCGAGGAUCAGGUUGAGCUGGACCCCACCAAGAAGACGCUGGUUAUUCUCGGCACUGGCUGGGGAUCCGUCUCUCUCUUGAAGAAGCUCGACACGGAAAACUACAAUGUCGUCGUCAUCUCGCCUAGAAACUACUUCCUCUUCACCCCUCUUCUGCCUUCCUGCACCACCGGCACCAUUGAGCACCGCUCCAUCAUGGAGCCCAUCCGAACCAUCCUCCGUCACAAGAAGGCCGCCGUCAAGUUCUACGAAGCCGAGGCCAGCUCCGUCGAUCCCGAGAGGAAGGUUGUCAAGAUCCUGGAUACGUCGGAGAUUAAGGGUACCACAUCCGAGACUGAGGUCGCCUACGACCUGCUGGUUGUCGGUGUCGGAGCUGAGAACGCCACCUUCGGCAUCCCGGGUGUGCGCGAGAACUCCUGCUUCCUGAAGGAGAUCAACGACGCCCAGGCUAUCCGCAAGAAGAUCAUGGACUGCGUCGAGACCGCCGCCUUCAAGGACCAGUCUGCCGAGGAUGUCAGCCGUCUCAUGCACAUGGUUGUCGUUGGUGGUGGCCCGACUGGUGUCGAGUUCGCCGGUGAGCUGCAGGACUUCUUCGAGCAGGACAUCAAGCGUCUGGUCCCUGAGAUUGCCGACCGCUUCAAGGUCACCCUGAUCGAGGCUCUCCCCAACGUUUUGCCCUCUUUCUCCAAGCAGCUGAUUGAGUAUACCGAGAAGACAUUCGAGGAGGAGAAGAUUGACAUCUUGACCAAGACCAUGGUCAAGAAGGUCACCGACACCUACGUUCAGGCCGAGGGUACCGGCCCCGACGGAAAGAAGCAGACCCUCACCAUCCCCUACGGUCUUCUCGUCUGGGCUACUGGUAACGCUGUCCGCCCCAUCAUCCGCGACCUCAUCACCAAGAUCCCCGCCCAGAAGGACUCCCGCCGCGGUCUGGCCGUCAACGAGUACCUCGUUGUUCAGGGCACCCGUGACAUCUGGGCCAUUGGCGACUGCGCCGUGGCCGGAUACGCCCCGACUGCCCAGGUCGCUGCGCAGGAGGGUAACUUCCUUGCUAGACUCUUCAACAACAUGGCCAGAACCGAGACCCUCGAGGAGCGCGUCCAGGAGCUUAGCGCCAACCUCAACUUGAAGCCCGGCAACGCUGCCGAGGUCGCCAAGGAGAUUGAGGCCCACGAGCGCCAGCUCCGCCGCAUCAAGGACAUCAAGCCCUUCCACUACUCUCACCAGGGCAGCUUGGCCUACAUUGGCAGUGAGAAGGCUGUCGCAGACGUUGCCUGGUGGAACGGAAACAUUGCCAGUGGUGGUACCAUGACGUACUUCUUCUGGCGCAGUGCUUACCUUUCCAUGUGCUUCAGCACUCGCAACCGUCUCCUCGUCGUGAACGACUGGCUCAAGUCCAAGGUCUUCGGUCGCGACAUCUCAAGAGAAUAGGCCUGGGUGGUUUAUUCUAGGCGUUCAUGAAUCAUUUUCCUUGCCUCUGGCGCUGGGAUAACUUUACACUUCUUUGUUAUUUUCCUUUCGUGUCCCGUAACCUUUUCUUUCCGUUCACCUUUUUUUGUUGUUAUUAUGGUGUCUUGAGAGCGAAACGAUAGAAUCGAUCGGCUUUAAUGGCUGGGCGGGGAAACGAUAGACUGGGUAGAACUGGACACACGAUCAAAUCCCCUCAGAAAGGGGAAAAACCAAACGCACACACGACUACCCUGUAGGAGUUUGUCCGAUUUUUCUGCCAAUAACACCUGUACAAUGUUU